GUUUCGUUUCCCUCUUCAUUCUUCGUUCUCAACCAUCUCUGUGUCUUUUGUCAUCGUACAGACAACUUUCAUUCUUUCUUCUUUUUGAAACUUCACUUUCAUUCAUUCCCUGGUGGAAAAUCAACGCUUCAGUUUUCUUCCCGUCCAAUCUUUCCAUAACACAAAAAAACCAACAACAACCCGGUCUUCACCAAAACAAAAAAUACACAAGAUGCGCUCUUUCGCUUUCCUCGCCGCCGCGGCCAUCGUGCCCCAGGCCAUGGCCCACUACGUCUUCCCUACCCUCAUCGUCAACGGAGAGCAGACCGAGCGUUACCAGUUCGUCCGCGAGGCCAAGAACUCCAACUCCCCCGUCGAGGACGUCCUCUCCGAGGGCAUCGUCUGCAACAAGGGCGGCAACGACGACGACGUCCUCGCCAAGACCGAGACCAAGGCCGUCAACGCCGGUGACGAGCUCGGCUUCAUCGUCGAGAACGACAUGGGCCACCCGGGCCCCCUCGCCGUCUACCUGUCCAAGGCCCCCUCGGCCGUCAACUCCUACAAGGGCGACGGCGACUGGUUCAAGAUCUACGAGCUGACCACCUCGGACAUCACCGACGCCGGCCUCCAGUGGGGCAGCUACGUCGGCAACGCCGGCAUCCACAACUUCACCUUCACCCUGCCCAAGGAGGUGCCCACUGGCGAGUACCUCCUCCGCGCCGAGCACGUCGGCCUCCACGGUGCCGGCUCCAAGGGCGGCGCCCAGUUCUACAUCGCCUGCGCUCAGAUCUCCGUCACCGGCGCCGCCUCCGGCACCCCCGAGCCCACCGUCAAGUUCCCCGGCGCCUACACCGGCGAGGAGCCCGGCCUGCUCAUCAACAUCUACUACCCUGCCCCCACGAGCUACACGCCCCCCGGCCCCGCCACCUGGCCCAACGCCUGCGAGGACCACACCGCCAACCUGCUCGGCCAGACCUCCGACGGUGACUGCACCGGCAGCGACGGCGCCACCACCCCGACCACCCCCACUACCCCCGUCACCAACCCGGCCCCCGCCCCCUCCGCCGGCAUCCCCGACUACAACGGCGGCAACAGCACCGCCCCGGCCACCCCGGUCUCCGGCAACGAGGCCACCCCCAGCAACGAUGUUGAGGACGACUGCGAGAAGUCUGCUGCCCGCCGCCGCGCCCGCUCCAUGCGCCGCCGCGUCGCCCGCGCCGCCUUCUAAGCGUCGCGCGCUCUCUUGGCUGGGAUGCAUUACGAAGGGGAAAAGGGAGAUCAUAGAUGAGGAAGGCUGUGUUGUUGAACCCGAGUCGGUGAGAUACCACUUGGUGACCCCUCGCCUCCUCAAACCCCAUUAUUCUUGUACAUACGUAUGACUUUGAAGACACUGGAUGUAAGAUGCGAUCGGAUGUCGGACGGGCCCCUUCUACGGGUUCGUCCUCAUGUUUGAAAUAUGAGAAUCAUUCCAUAAA